AUGACAAUUAUGGAUACCACUGUGUCUGCUUCCGCUGCGACUUCGCGACAACAUUUGAACCGUACGGCUACCCUGCGUCCAUGCGGUGAUAGCAGCAACGGUGGAAGACAUCAAACGGAUCGCCAUGAGGCGUGUACCCACCAUGAGCUGACCCUGCCGCCGUUUACACUACAGAGUUCGGGUGAGAGACCGGGCAACAACGCCCCACAGCCACCUAUUCUGCUUCUCUCGCGCCGAUGCCGUCAGGAUCCGGCGGUAAUGCGUCUGCGGGCUGACUUGGCACUUAGAGAGACGUCGAGCUCUGGGAGCGUAAUCUCAGAACCGCAAGCAGCUUUGUCGGAAGCAGUCAACUCAGCUGUAACUCCAAAAAAAAGGUUCUCCCUUGGCUAUGACGAUGAUGCAGCUCUUCCUCCUUUCUCCAUACCAGAAUAUGACUCACGAACCUUUUCUUUGCAAGGUGAAAAAUCUCCGGUAUCAUCAUCAGAGAUAUCUUCAACCUUAUUGACAUCGGGAGGUGAGAGUAGUGCUGCAUCAUCGGAAACGGAGAUUACGGUUACAGCGAAGAACCACACUUCUACAAAAUGCUACUGGAUAUCAAGGCAGCCGCAGGGAUUAGAGGAACGACAUGAAGGGUCGUUUGAACCGGCGCACGAAGAAGAAAUUAAUAAAGGUCUGCAGACUUUGCCGUUUGACUUUGACCAGAAAUCAGCUACACUCCAAGAAACGGAGAGUGGUAUGAGCAACAGCGAGAGUUGCGUCCGUGGUGUGCCCACAGCUUCUUCUUCUGCUGCUUGGGAAACAGACGAGAGCAAAGCAAACACUGAUGAAGACGAGGAAGACACCGCCUUAUCGCACCACGAGGAGGACGAGGUCUUGGGCGUUACAGCAGAGGGAGAGUUUAUCUAUCGACGAGACGUCGACGCGGAGCGGAGUCGUUUGGGUAAAGCAAACUACAAAUGUUAUCAAGAUAGCUGCUGGCUUCUGGAUGGACAUGGCGAUGACGAGGCGUCAUGUAUGCUUGCUCCUGCAGCUUCGUUUUGUACACCGGAGAAAAAUAUAUUUGCUACGGGUCUCAGUAGCAGGGCACGUAUGUCACACCGACACGGAGAAGAGGUCGGUGCUCGGAGAAACAUGACCGCCACAUCAUCAUCAACACCGUUGCAGUUAAGUGCGGUACUGCCCCAACGGCGUUCUAUCGGUGCAAGCAGGCAGCGAAAAACUCGAAAGUGGGCAACAAGUGAUGUGGAGUGGUGUUCUCUUUUAUUGCAAUACCGCACAUGCGAAAACGCGGAUGAGAUGCAAUACAAGGAGUUGGUGGGUGCAGUGGAUAGCUGGCACGAGGCGCAGCGUCGUUACCAUCUUGAAGCAUUAGAGCAACGUUUGCUGGAAGAAGACAGUUAUGAGAGGCCCCCGUUUAUUCUCCGGUGGUAA